UUAAACAUAUCUGUAAAAGGACAUGGAAGCUUGUUUCUUUCUCCUGAGACAAAUCACUCUUUUGUUUGAAAAUUUCGGUCUGAUUCUCUGUUUUCUCUUUCAUCAACUUUCUGUCGGCAAGAAAAUUUCCUCGUUCAUGUUUCUUUCCAUUCGGGACGACACCUUCACAAUUUGCAGGGAUGCAGCCGGCAUCGCUGGGAACAUAUUUGCUUUCGGGCUGUUCGUUUCCCCCAUACCCACGUUUAAAAGAAUUGUGAGAAACAAGUCCACCGAGAGCUUUUCUGGGUUGCCUUGUGUAUAUGCUCUCUUGAACUGCUUGAUCUGCACCUGGUAUGGAACACCAUUGAUAUCUUAUGACAAUGUGCCGGUUAUGAUGGUUAACUCGAUCGGUUCGGUUUUUCAAAUAACCUACAUUGUCGUCUUCAUCGUAUAUGCCAAUAGAGAGAAAAAGUUUUUGGCCUUAUGGCGAUCAUAGUUGCCGGGAGCUUACAAAUAGCUGACCGAGGAACACGAAGGUGCUUCGUCGGUUUAUUAAGUUGUGCUUCUCUCAUAUCGAUGUUCGCUUCCCCAUUGUUCAUAAUCGUGAGUCGUUCGAUCAAACACGCCUUUCAUACAUUCGAAUUUCAAUUGUUUUCGGGAUUUCUUAAGCUUCUAAUGACAUGAUAUUUGUUCCCAGAAUUUAGUUAUUCGAACGAAGAGUGUCGAGUUCAUGCCGUUCUAUCUCUCCCUCUCGACGUUCUUGAUGAGCACCUCGUUCUUCCUAUACGGCGUCUUUAACUUCGAUGCCUUUGUCUACAUAAGCCUCAUCGAAGACGACGACAACAACUUAUUUUCGAUUUAAAAGUUGUUGGUUCUGUGAGGUAACAUCGUCUCUUUGUUUUUCAGGUUCCGAAUGGGGUCGGAACUGUGUUGGGGAUUCUACAACUCGCGUUGUACUUCCAUUAUAAAGCAAAGUGUAUUGAAGAAUGCAGAGGACCACUCAUGGUGUCACAUUCGUGACUCUUGCUUUUUCUCGGAAGGUUUUUCGCUGUUGUGACCGGAAUCUUGAUGUCCGAUCUCGUUCACCGUAUUGUUCGGAGCAUGUUCCGAUUCUUCGUCCGGACAAAUUUGUUCGCCGGCAGUCCGGGUUUGUGUCAAUGAUUGGAUAUGUGUUGAAAUACGAAUGUUCGAACAUGUGUUGGACAUGAAUGAAUACACCAAGAAAAAUGAAGGGUUAAUGAUAGUUGGAAAAUAAUAGAUUGUUUUGGACCAUGAGGUAUAUUAUUUAGUGUAAAGUAUA